AGACUAGUACAUUUCCAAACUGUUCUGUCAUGGUUUCUCUGCGGUUCCUCCUUGACUUUCUACGUCAUUCUUGAGGGCCUUCCAAUCUCACAAAGAGGAGAACUGGGCCUUGCCAGUGAUGUUCGCUGUUACGCUGGACUUACGGAUAUUUGCCAAUAAUGCGGAGCAGCAGCUCCUGAGGAAGGGAAAAGGCAAGCUGGGAGACAUGCUGGAGAAAGCUGCUGAACAACUGAUGGGCUGUUUCAGAGUGUGUGCCAGCGACAAUCGGGCUGGUAUUGACGACUCCAAGAAGUGGGGGAUGUUGUUUCUCAUCAAUCAGCUCUUCAAGAUAUACUUCAAGAUCAACAAGCUACACCUGUGUAAGCCACUGAUCCGGGCCAUCGACAGCUCCAACCUGAAGGAUGAUUACAGUAUGGCCCAGAGAGUCACCUACAAAUACUACGUAGGCCGUAAGGCCAUGUUCGACAGCGACUACAAACCAGCCGAGGAGUACCUGUCCUUCUCCUUCCAGCACUGCCACCGCUCCAGCCAGAGGAACAAACGCAUGAUCCUCAUCUACCUACUGCCUGUCAAGAUGUUGCUGGGUCACAUGCCUAAUCACCAGCUGCUCAGGAAGUAUGACCUCAUGCAGUUUGCCGACGUCACGAAAGCUGUGAGUGAGGGCAACCUGCUGCUGCUGAACGAGGCCUUGGCCAAGCACGAGACCUUCUUCAUCCGCUGUGGCAUCUUCCUCAUCCUCGAGAAGCUCAAGAUCAUCACCUACCGGAACCUCUUCAAGAAAGUGUACCAGCUGCUGAAGACUCACCAGUUACCCCUAGAUGCCUUCCUGGUAGCUCUAAAAAUGAUGCAGGUGGAAGAGGUGGACAUUGACGAGGUGCAGUGUAUCCUGGCCAACCUAAUCUGUGAGGGUCACAUCAAGGGCUACAUCUCUCACCAGCACCAGAAACUGGUCAUCAGCAAGGCCAAUCCAUUCCCCCUGCUGUCAUCAUCUUCCUAAUCUACGUAUCCCAGAAUCCCCUUCACCCAGAAAAUGUUCCCAGAAAUAUAUUUCCUUAUUAUUUAGGUUGCAUUUUAUUUUGUCAUAUUUUGU